GCAGUCCCAACUCCAACUCCACCCUGCCCCCCCGUCUUAACCUAACCAUGGUUAGCCCCUUAACCUCCCACUCCCACUCUCCCCCUCCCCUCCCUCUGUAUAUAUCUUAUCCGACCUCCAUCUCCCCCGUCUCUCCUCUCCCCUCCCCUUCCUCUCUCUGUCUCAAGCAAUCAAUCCUUCUAUCCAUCCUCCGGCUGUCGGAAUCUCACCUUCGUUCAUGCUCCGGAAUAUCUGAGAACCACUCGCCGAGUCAGAAAUGAGUUGCAACGGGUGCCGAGUCCUCCGCAAGGGCUGCAGCGAGUCCUGCAUCCUCCGCCCCUGCUUGCAGUGGAUCGACACACCCGAAGCUCAGGGCCACGCCACCGUCUUCGUCGCCAAGUUCUUCGGCCGUGCCGGCCUCAUGUCCUUCAUUUCCGCCGUCCCCGAUAACCAGAGGCCUGCUUUGUUCCAGUCGCUUUUGUACGAAGCGUGUGGAAGGACGGUUAAUCCGGUGAACGGAGCGGUGGGGCUUCUGUGGACGGGGAACUGGCACAUGUGUCAGGCGGCGGUGGAGACGGUGCUCCGCGGCGGCACCCUCCGCCCGAUGCCGGACCUUCUCCCCGGUUUCCCGGCUCCGCAUGCCGACGAGGCCUCCGAGGUUGCCUGUACCGAUAUGUGUAGGCUUCGAGAUCCGAAUUCCACCUCCCGAUCCAACAGCAAUAAGCUCCCCAAACGCAAGUGCUCCGACGUCGAAUCCGCCAGAUGCCCGCCUGCCGAUCUGGAUCUCUGCCUGACCGCAAGUUACCUGGCAACAGACGCGCCGGAGAAGCGGCGACCCGGAACUCCGUCGAUGAAUUCCGAGGAGUCGGCGACGACGACGUGCUUCGAAAGCAGCUUCGCCGAUCAUCAUCAUCAUCAUCAUUGCACAUCAGUAGGAGGAGAACCAAAGCUUCUAAAGUUAUUCACUUGAAGAGAAAGGCUCUCCCUACUCCCAAAUCAAAAUCAAAACCAAAACCACCAGCGAAUCAACGUUUCCACGCCCUAGCUAGAUUUAAUCAUGUAUAAUUCUUCUUUUGUUUCUGGAAAGAGGUAUUCCCGGAAUCUCAAUUCCGGCGAGUUUUGUUUUUUUGUAAAAUCACCGACACAGGAUUCCUCUCUCGAGGCAGAGGGGAAGAUGAACGUUCGCCGGCGACUACUUCUCUCCGUUUAAUCCCUCCUUUCCUCUGUACUUCAAUCCCUAUCACAUCUUAUGACCGUGUGGCAUUUGUAAUAAAAAUUAGAGUUCUGGUUAAUAAUAUAUCAUAUCACCACUCGAUCUUUUUUCAA